AUGAACAAGAGUCAUACAACCAGUUGGUUCAACUCACAUAAAACAGGCCGAUUCAGUUCCACGAUGGCUUUACUCCAACUACUCUGUGUGGCAAGUGGUGAUAUUCUUCUUUCACAAUUAUUUCUCACACAAGUUUUGUGCAGUUAUGCCAUUCAUGAAUGUUCUCAUUGGCGUCACCCCACCGAGUACUCGUAUGGCCAUUUUCAUCUUCAUUUUCAAGUGAAAGAAGGACCGAACGUCACCAUGGGAAUUUUGAGAAGCGAUAAAAUUGUGGAAUUGACUCAAGAUGCUACAACCUCUCGAUUCUAUACAGCCAUCACGUCAGGACCGUUCAAGAAUUUCGAUCAAACUCAUUACUUACUCAUGCAAAAUCAGAAAACAAGUAAUGAAAAAUACUUUUUCGUAUUAAGCAAUCCAUGCUCACACACAAGCAGCAGCAAAGGAGGUAACGACAACAAUACUUUUGAUGAAAUUCCAACAUUGGAGGAUUCAUUGGAUUUGAAAAAUAAUCGUGCUCGUAUCUCCAUCGUGGAUGUGAACAUUGAGGAAAUUUAUUAUCCUUACACGGUAUUAUUCAGCAACAACCAAUCUUCGGACUGGUUGACCGAUUCCAAUUCCAUUCAAUUACCACCUCUUGGAAUUGAGAAAAUUGUUGUGGACGUGGUUGCUUCUGAAUCGCUGAAUGAUCACUCUCGGAAUUUGGAACUCUCCAUGAGAACACUUUCACAAGGUAAUGCUUCUCCCCCUCUACCCCCUCGAAAUGUGGCUGUAUUUGUUUCUUUGGGAAGAGAAAUUAUGAAUUCGAAUGAAUUCAUUCCUCGAAUAAUCUCUGUCCAUGAGAAUUCCAAUGCCACAUGGACCUUAUGGCCCUUUUCGAGCGGCUCCACUCCUUCUCCACCAUUCAUACCACCAUCAUUACCUCCUCAACAACAACAACCCUAUCGUAACAUUCCCAAGUCCAUUGAUCGAUUAUACAUUUGGUUACAAUGUGUAAAUGGUUUUACUGAAGGAUGUCCGUUACGUUAUCGUUUGAGUUGGAAAUUGAACAAUUCUUCCAUUCCAAUAGCAUCAAAUUCUCAAGAAAACUCUUCAACAAUUGCACUACCACCACCACCCUUGCCAUCCACUCCUCCAGCUUUUUCGAUAACUACCUCCAAUGGUACCAUGAAAACAGAAACGGACAUUUCACUUCCAACCAUUAUUGGAACGAUCCUUGGUCUUGUUGGUUCAUUUCUUUUGGCAGGCUUUUGCUUGGUCUUUUCUAUCAUUUCGGUUUGUUUAUUAAGGAAAAAACGGAAAGGCAAAAAUCUGAAAAGUUCUUCGACCUUGUUUCAUCCCAAUGUUCCUUCAUUGAUUUUACCUCCUCCCAUUCAUUCAGAGGUUUUUUUGGAGAAUGUUCAUGACAUUCGUCCUUCAGCUCCUUUAGAAGAAGUAGUUCAGUUGGAACGAUAUGCUCAUUCAUUGAUGUCAGACCCCAAUACUGGAAUGAUGAUGCAUCAUACUCAAAUACCAUUACAUUCCCAUUUUACCAGUCUUUCACAACAACCUCAGAGCCCGAACUCUUCAUCUUCAAAUUUUACCUCAGCAUCCAAUGAACGUUUAGUGGUGUAA